AUUAUUUUGUACAAAAAGAAAAAGGGGUAGAUUUCCUAUGGAAGCCAAAGAAGAAAAGGAAAAACGGUAGGGGAUUUAGACAUGGGACGAGGUACUCGAGGUGAAUCAUCGUCUAAAGAAGCCAGUAAUACAUUGGAUAAAGCACAAAAGCAACUUCGACGUCUUAUUCGUGGGCCUCGUAAGGCUGCUUCCACACAGCAGCAGAUGCCCAGUUUGAGUCAGCCUCCCUCACAGCAACAGUUGCCUACUUUGAGCCAGCCUCCCUCACGGCAGCAGUUGCCUAGUUUGAGCCAGCCUCCCUCACGGCAGCAACUGCAGCAACAACAGCCCACUUUGACCCCUCCAGUCACACAGCUGCACCAGCAACAGUUGCCUACUUGGACCCAUCCAGUAUCGCAGGUGCAGCAGCAACCUCCAUUGCCUGAUCAGGAGCUUGGUGAUGAGGCACCAAUGGAGGAGGAUGCGGAGGAGCUGGUUGAAGAGCGUAACUUAGAAGCUGAGCUUGCUGCUGAGUACGAUCAACUUGAUCCUGAGUUGGAUGCUGCACUUGAGGAGGAGCUAUCUCAUGCUGUCCAAAAGACAGGACGUGGCAUGGAUAAGGGGGACGAAGCACCAACGAAUCCAAGUCAGAGAAAACUGCUCAAAAUAAAUCAGCGUGGGUCAUUUAGCAAUGAGAGAUUUGGCAGGACAGCAACAGCUAUAUGGAAGUUUUUAUAUGAUGAACCUGUGCUUUUCUGGACUAAUUGGCCAGAGGAAAAGAAGAGGCUUGCAUGGGAGAUGUUCCAGGUAUGAAAAUAAGAAUCAAAUAUUAAUAGAUCUUGAUUAUUGGGAUGUUGAUGCUAAGAAUUUGGUGUUGCUGCUUGGAAUUUGGUAUGAGUGAUCAUGCUGUUGGAAUGUGUUUGAUAUAUUGAAUGUUUGUUUUCUUUAUGAUUAACAGGGAGAAAGU